AUAAAGUCCCGCCCCCUAAAGAAGCAGGAAUGGAGUUUAUCAGGAUAUUAGUUUGACGUUAGCUGGCCAAUGCUAGUCUGGACAAGAUUUUACACAAUUUACAAAAGCAAAUCUAGCAAAUAUGUAAUGAAACUGUUAGGGAUUGGAAGGUUAAAGAGACUGAACAUCGGGAUUUGCGAAUAUUCAUAAAAAUCAUUUUUUUUCUAUCCUCAAAUCGUAGGUCUUUGUCCAGUCUUUGCUAGUAGCAGAAGCUAUUAGGAAUGUUAAACUGUGAAUGCACGUUAACGUAACGUGUACAGAGAAAGUUGGCUUGGUUGUGCAUAUUAAAGCGACAGGAACAGCGCUGCCAUGCCCGUGGAGGAGACCCCUGCCUCAGCUAUGCGCUUCGGGAGAAUGAAUCUAAUGCGUUACCUGAUCUACUUUGGGGUUAACCCCGCAGCUCUGGCCUAUGCCAUGACCACUCUGGGCUCUGCUAUGAUUAACAACAUAUUUAGCUUCUACUACGUCAAGCUUUUCCUCAACACGUACAAGAUAUCAGAAGGAGCAUUCCACCAGUCACAAGUGGUGUACAUGGUGUGGAAUGCAGUCAAUGAUCCUCUGUUUGGCUACCUGCAAGAUAACUCCAGGGUGCCCUGCUGCUCUCAGCGACGUCUCUCUAUCCUGUACGGUGCUCCUUUCUACUCGCUGGCUUUUCUUCUAGCCUGGUUCCCAUGGCGGUCCUACAGCCCUGAUGACUGGUUAUGUGGCUUACACUUGGUGGUGGCGCUCUGUGCUUUUGAUGGAAUGCUGACUUUUGUGCUGUUGGCACAGUGUGCAUUGUUUGCAGAGAUUUCCAGCCAUCAUCAAAACCGACUAAGACUUAUAAAGUACAGCCAAGUGGCCUCUCUCAUUGGUUCCUCCAGUGUCCUCUUCUGUGGUGUUGUGUCCAAAAACAUGGAAAACUUUAGUGCCUUCCAAGCCUUUACGGUGCUAAUCGCUGUCAUAAGCUGUUUGUGCAUGUGCUAUACUGGCAUCCACAGUGAGAGCCGCUUUGAUAACAAAGGAUCUGAAUCAGAUCUUGUGUCUGUUGACCAGACCCCCCAGUCAGCAUUUUCCUUUUCCAUGUUGAAAACCUUGAUGUGGCAAAUACUGACCAACAGGGACUUUCAGCUCUUUGUGCUCAUGAACUUCUUCCAGGUUUUCAUGUUGGCUUUCUUCAAUAAUUUUACAAUGAUAUUUACUGAGCACCUGAUACCUCCGGAUGUGCUUCCAUCACUUGCUAAGAGCAUCAUGUAUGGAGCAGGAUUCAUCUGUCCACAGUUGCUAGUACUGAGCUGUCAGAGUCUGCUUCGUGGUCUCGGCUACUACAAGAUCAUCCUUUUCACCUUCUAUGUAGAAGGUGGAAUGGCAGUUAUAAUGCUAUUGCUUGGACCACAGCACUACUAUUUCCUGGCAUUUUUCCUCACCAUUAACAUGGUCAUAAUUCAAGCAGCCUUCAGUCUUUUUGGCCUUCCUUUGGCUGACAUCAUUGACACAGACCUACAGCAGUACAAACGAAGUUCCCCUCUAUCGUCCAUGGUGUUUGGGACAAAUGCUUUGUUCACCAAGCCAGGUCAGUCUCUGGCCCCUAUGAUGGUGCUUAAUAUCCUCAACCAAUUUGGAUAUGAAAAGCUGAAAGAUGCAGGAAAUAUUUCAAAUCCAAGCACCCUGGAGAGCAUCCACAGUGUCAUGUUCUAUUUGGUGUGUCUGGUCCCCUUGUGUGUGGCCACUAUGCAGAUUUUGGCUUGGAGGCCAUUUUCCAUUCGUAACAGUCACACAGUCGAUGCAAAGUAUAUUGAAAGUUAAUUCAAUUUUUUAUCAGUUAAAGCAAGGUAGUUGGAAAUCUAUAUUCUUUGUGAAGAAAUCAUGCCAAAGGUUUUUGUUCGGAAGAAUUUAGGGUAUUUUUGAUGUAGUUAAUCAAUAUGUUCAUAUUUAAAUGACUAGUGAACAACUGUAAGCCUUGGUGUGCUCCCAGAUGCCCAGAUGUUUUAUAAAUAUCAAAGUUGAAGAAAAUGUAUCUCAACGACUGAUAUGGUGAGAAAUGAUCUGUGCAAACAGGACACAGCUUCAUCUACAGCAACAGUCAACGUGUUCUUAAAGGUUUUUUUAUUCUUUCAACUGCUUCAUAGAGCAAUAAUUGUGAGGUGUGAGUCUGAUAUUUGGCUCAUCAGGUGAGUCAUGCUUUCCAUGGGCUAUGUUGGAAAAUGUUUUUUUUUCCAGAUGUGUUAAUUCCUUAAGAUGACUGUACUGUAUGCUGUGAAAGAGGACCAGUUCCUCAGAAGGUAUGUUAAAAAUAGUGUUGGAUGAUUACAAAGAGUCACUCUAGGUUAAAAAAAAUGGUUAUUGUUUUACAUUCUUUACAUAUAUAUUACAUAUACAUUCAAUACAAUACAUUCAAGUUCUGUUGUUAAUGAUAAGGGUAACACCAAAUUAAAACUAUUCAGCCUUAGAACUAGAGCAGCUAUUACACAUCAUUGUUUUUGUACCAGAGUAGAGACAGGAAGCUGCGCAUGACAUGGCUCAGUUUAAAAAAUGGAAUUUCCUCGUUCAAGGGUUUGCUUUAGAAUAGUGAGAAGGGGAGACGAAAGGAACAAAUUAAUUAAGACUGUCAACUGUAAGGAUGUAAAACCACAAAUAAUGUGUCACAUAAACAUCACUACUAUUCUACUGCUUUCUCGAAUGUGUUAAAAAUCAAUGAAAUCCCAUAUUUUUUCAGCAUUUAAGUGGUAACUUAAAUUAGUCAAAUCCAUUGAGAAGAAGAUGCAAAUGCAACUUAUUUUCAGGUUUUGUUUAGUUUUAUUCUAUAAGAAAACCGAUGCACUUCGAAUAUAAACAGGAUGUUGUGACAGUGCCCACAAGCAGGAUGGUGAAAGGUGCCUUACUGUAAAGAACCUCUUGAAUGUGCUUUAUUAAAUAUGCAAUGAUCUGUA